UGUUAUCUUGCCUCUCUACCUGUGCAUACCUGUGACAGUCAUUCCCACCUGUCAUUAACCUAUCCUCUGUAUUUUUGUCAGGUCCUCCGUCACUACCCUUCGCAAUUCUUCCCUACCCCUUGCCAACCCCAUGAAGACACUACUGACGGUGUGGGUGACGGUGGGCCUGCUGGCAGUGAGGCAAGGGGUUCAAGGUCUCCCAGGAACCUACACAACCUUUAGUGAACUGCAGGGCAAAUACAUUCCUUACACCAGUGCCGUGAAGAAAACCAGAGCAACACUGGAAGUCUGCAACGAGGAAUGUGUGAAGCAUAGCACGUGUAAUGCCUAUGCCUACUCUCGUAUGGAGGUGAUUUGCUUCCUGUAUGCCAAGGGGCGCGACCAAAACCCUGUGAAGAUUGAUGGCUACAACCUCUACGUGCGGCUGAGAGAUGAGAAAGACGGGUUCUUCAGGUUCGGCUCGCAGUACAUCACGCUGGUAAGGCAAAGAAAGACAUACAAGGAAGCAAUGGAAUACUGCGACCGGAGUUUCUUCGGUUCCUUGCCCCACGUGACUACUCCCGAGCUGAACUUCUUCCUGGAGACCAUGCUGUGUCAGUCUGUGGUGUUCUCAGCGACCAUUGGGAUAACAGACCAGAAGGAAGAAGGAAAAUGGGUCUACAGCAAUACUGACCAAGAGAUCGGCUACUCCAACUGGAACUGGAAAGGGGUCUGGAGGCUGACGGACCGCAACUGUGCCGCUAUAACAAUUGACGGGACCUGGGUGAUGUCCGACUGCUGGCAACUUGACUACUUCUUCUGCCAGGUGCCGCUGUACUGAGGUGUGAAAAGUAGAUGGGUUACUUGACGAGGUGGUGGAGUAAAUCAGUAAUGUGGAGUGUUCUGAGGAUGUGGAAGAGUUGAUGGGUUACUUGACGAGGUGGUGGAGUAAAUUAGUAAUGUGGGGUGUUCUGACGAUGUGGAAGAGUGGAGUGGUCAAGUGACAGUAACGCAUAAAUAAAAGAAAUGUGAAGUAUUCUGAGAGGGUGGGAGGGUGGAUAGGUGGUGGAGUAAGUUAAUAAUCUGAACCGUUGUAAGGAUAUGUAGAGUGGACGGGUUACCGAGUGUUGGUGGACUUAAUAAUGUGGAGCGCUAUCUUACAGUAAAACCUUUACUCUAUUUCCUAAUCGUGUUUCGUAAAGCGUGUUGCAUUGCUUUGAAUAUUCUAGCAACCAAUAAUAAUGGUAAAAUUUCUAAAUAUUUACUGUAAUAGCAAUAUGAAUA